ACUCUGGGAGCAGAGAUUCAGUGGGAGUGGUAGGGGAGAGAGAGAGACAAGCGCAGUCUUGCCUUGUGGCGCUGUGUUUAGAUUCUCACUGCCUCAUAGCCCUGGAAUUCAGGACUCGCUGGGAAUUCUGCUUCCGUCCAUGGUUUUUUCUCCCGCCCCACUCUUUCUCACCCACAAGUCAAGGUGUACCGCGUACACAUCAGUUUGCACAAACAUUUGUCCCCCGCUGAUCCGGAGCCAGCAACUGACAGAAAAUGGCCAGUUCACCCCAGAAAUCCCCAUCCACUCCAAAAUCCCCCAUCCCGAAAUCCCCCGGCUCGAGGAAAGAGGAUUCCUUCCUGGGUAAACUUGGAGGAACUUUAGCCAGAAGGAAAAAGGCCAAAGAAGUAUCAGAACUGCAGGAAGAAGGGAAAAAUGCCAUCAACUUGCCGCUCAGUCCCAUCCCCAUCGAGUUGGAUCGAGAGGACACAAUGCUGGAGGAAAAUGAGGUUCGGACGAUGCUUGAUCCAAACUCAAAAUAUGACCCCAAACUAGUCGAGCUGAUGAAGGUUUUAAUUGACUGGAUCAAUGAUGAGCUGGUAGAGGAGAGGAUUAUCGUGAAGGAUUUGGCUGAAGAUCUCUAUGAUGGGCAAGUGCUACAGAAGCUGUUUGAGAAACUAGAGGGUGAAAAGCUGAACGUAGCUGAAGUGACACAGUCGGAAAUUGCCCAGAAACAGAAACUGCAGACUGUUCUUGAAAAGAUCAAUGAAACACUUAAACUGCCGCCCAGAAACAUCAAGUGGACAGUUGAUAGUGUUCAUAUGAAGAGUCUGGUUGCCAUUCUCCACCUGCUGGUUGCAGUUUCCCAAUACUUCAGGGCACCAAUCCGACUCCCAGAUCAUGUCUCCGUUCAAGUGGUGGUUGUCCAGAAAAGAGAGGGAAUUCUGCAGUCUCGGCAUAUCCAAGAAGAAAUCACUGGCAAUACUGAAGCUUUGUCAGGGAGACAUGAACGGGAUGCUUUUGACACUCUGUUUGAUCACGCGCCAGACAAACUCAACGUUGUUAAAAAGACACUGAUCACAUUUGUGAAUAAACAUCUGAACAAAUUAAACCUGGAAGUUACAGAAUUAGAGACACAGUUUGCAGAUGGUGUCUACUUGGUGCUGCUCAUGGGACUUGUCGGGAACUAUUUUAUACCGUUGCACAACUUCUUUCUCACCCCAGACAGCUUUGAACACAAGGUCCAUAACGUGUCCUUCGCAUUUGAGCUGAUGCAGGAUGGAGGUUUGGAGAAACCAAAACCUCGAUCAGAAGAUAUUGUGAACUGUGACCUGAAGUCUACUCUGCGUGUACUUUACAACCUGUUUACCAAGUACAGGAACGUAGACUAACCUGAAGGCAGAUGGCUUUCUCCAGGAACCUGAAUAAAAUGCAGCCAAAGCAACACCAUUUACAGGAGCCCUGUUCCAGCAGUGGGCUGAACUGCCAAUCACUGUCAUUUUGUAACAAAGCAGUGGUAUUUUCAAGAUUCUUUGUUGGUUACAAUAUUGUUAGUCCUUUAUAAAUAUAUAUAUAUAUAGUGAAAAGCACUUGAACUACAAAAACUGAAAUCAAAUUGGACUCAGCGAACACCAGUACUUUGAAGGUUAAGCUAUUGCAUUCUGAUGUUAAGUAAAAUUCGAUUAAUGUGGAAUCUAGCAUUGAGAUUUUCAAAAUGCCCAUCACACAUUCCAAAGAGCUGUUGCUUCAUAGAAGAGUUUCCCAGAUCCAGUUUCAUGGCCAAUAUUUCAAAACUACCAUUAUUCAGUGAAAUCAAGGUUACAUUUUCUGUUUUAAUGUUAUUAUUGAUCCUAAAUGUAUAAAUUGGUUGGGACUGAAUUCUUGGUUAUUGGGGAACGUAAGAAAUAGCAGGAGUAGGCAAUCCAGCCCUUUGAGCUUGCUCUGCGAUUUAAUACAAUCACGGCUAAUCUCAUCAUGGUCUCGACUCGGGAAGGAAGUACCCAUUUCAAAAUCCACUUAAUCUUCAAGAACUAAUCAGAUUGUUUCCCUAUGUAAUGUUACUAAAAUUUUAAACGUGUAAGAAUCAACAGUGAACACAUGGAUAGUUUUAACAUUCAUUGAUGUUAAACUUUACUUUGUUUUUAUUCUGUUGCAUACAAAGUUGUGUCAGCAUUGUCCUUAUGGAACUGGCUCUUGUCAUAAUUCAAGUCCCACCAAUACAUAAAGUGAAAACUGAAUUCAAUAAAUUUGAUGUAUGGUUACAAGAAAGAAAAGUGACCAUUUAACAUCUGUUGUUUUGACGUUUUAAAAAAAAUCGGUUCAUGUCCUCCGAAAGAGGAACCUGACAUCCUUACUCGGUGAGGCCAAUACGUGAUAAUGAUCUCACAUUCCAGAUUGACCCUCUGAAGUGGUCCAGCAGCCCAAUUUAAACUAAAUUUCUGGAAAUUGGAAAUAAAAACUGAAAAUACUGUAAAACCUAAGCUGAUCUGGCAGCAUCCAUGGAAAGCCAAGUAGAGUUAACAUUCCACGUCCACUAAGACAACUCUUCAGAACUCCUUCCACCUGGAGUACACUGCAAUUUGAUCUCUUUGUACAAGGAAGCACAUAUUUAACCCUGCAGAGAAAUGCAUCAAAAAAUGACUAGACUGGUUCCUGGAUGAGGGGAUUAUCCUAUGAAAAGAGAGAGUGUCCAGGGCAAAAUUUCCUGAAGUUUAGAAGCAAUUUAAUUCAAUCAUUUUUUUUUUAAAUCUCCAGAACUUGAUAAGAUAGAGCGAAGCUGUUUCUCUGGUUUGGAAUUAUAGAACAUGGGUAUCUCACAUUCAGAAUAAGGAUUUGUCUAUUUAAUAAGAGAUUAAACAUUUCUUCAUUCAAAGGAUUUGAAUCUUUGAAAUUUCAAACCUAGAAAGCUAUGGAUGUUGAAAAGAGUAUAUUCAAGAUAGAGGUUUUUGGACACAAAGGUAAUUGAAGAAUAUAGAGUGUGUUCGGGUCGAAACAUAUGCAUGAUCUAAAAUAUUGGACAAGGUGAAACAUAUUUUCAUAAAUUUGAAUUAUUCUUGCAUUAGCAGUCAUCAAAAUAGGAACUUAUAAACAAGGGGUGGGAGUAGGCAAAUUAGCCCUUCGAGCCUACUCCACCAUUUAAUAUAAUCAUGGCUGAUCUUAUCCUGGUCACAACCCCACUUUCCUGCUGUUCCCCAUAGCCUUUUAUCCCUCUUUUCAUCAGAAACAUAUCUAUUUCUUGAAUCUGUUGAUUGAUUCUGCCUCAAAUGCACUCUGGGGCAGUGAGUUCCACAGAUCCAUAGCCCUCAGAGUAAUAGUUUCUCUUCAUCUCAGUUUUGAACCUACCUCCUUUCACUGUAUAUCUUUGACCUCUUGUUUGAGACUGAACAGAUGUUUCCUCUUGUGGGACAACGUUCACCUAAUCGAUCCCUUUUGGCAUUUUGUAUAGUUCAAUCAGAUCCCCUCUCAUUCUUCUGAAUUCCAGUGAGUGCAAGCCCAAGCUAUUCAAUCGCUCCUUGUAUGACAGACCUUUCAUCCCCAGAAUCAAUCUGGUGAAUCACCUCUGAAUUGCUUCGAAUGCCAACACAUCCAUCCUCAAGUAAGGAGAACAAAACUGGACACACAACUCCAGGUGUUGUCUCCACAAUGCCUUAUAUGAUUGUAAAAAUGCUUCUUUACUUUUAUAAUCCAGUCCUUUUGCAAUAAAUACCAAUAAUCCAUUUGCCUUUAUGCUGAACCUGCACACCCACUUUCUGCGAUUCACGCACAAAGGACACCCAGAUCUCUCUGCACUGAUGCACUUUGAAUUUCCAUUUAAAUGAUGAUUUGCCCUUUUGUUUUUCCAGUCAAGAUGGACAAUCCUGCAGUUAUCCACAUUAAACUCCAUCUGCCAAAUUCUGGCCCAUUCUCCUCCCCUGUCAAUAUCCACCUGUAAACACUCUAUCUCCUCAUCACAGCCUCUUAUCCCACCUAUUUUAGUAACAUUCGCGGAUUUUGCUAUGUUACACACUGUUCAAGUUUGCAGAUCAUUAAUAUCUGAAAUCCAAAACAUCAGAAUCUCAUGUGAUCAAUAUUCGUCUGGCUCCAUUUAGUACAAAAAUUUAAUGUACUGUAAUUUACAAAAGAACUAGAGGGGAUAUGGGCCAAAAAAUGUUUUUUCUAUAGGUUUGUGACGUGGCACCAUCUUAAGUGGCAGUAGAAAAAGAUUCAGUAAUAAUGUUCAAAACAGAAUGGGAUUUAUCUCUGGAUGGAAUUUCUACCAUUUAGCCCAAUUGAUCUCUGCUAAUGUUGAUGCUCCAAAAAAUCCCUACUUCAUCUGCUCCUUUCGUUCCUCUCUCCCUCUAUGUUUACCUAGUUUAUCCUUCGAUAAAUAGCAUGGAUGCAUUUUUUAGCUUUCAUAUACGGUAUGCAUUUCAGGGACAAGCUGAAUGGACUCCUUCCCUGCCUUAAGAUUUACUGGACUUGAAAUUCCAAAGACGUAAGAUUUUUAUCGUGCUAGAUUAAAACAGUUUGUAUGUAGAUUUUUCACAGAGUGUCUGUUCCUCUGCCCAAAAGAAAAUUCAGCAAAGUCCAGAUAAAAACAUGGCAAUUUGCUCAGUUUAUUUUUUAACAGACACACACCCUUUCCUUCAUUGAUUCCCUUAUGGUCUCAAAGCAGUUAGACCUAACCAGCAGCAUCAAGCUCGGCGGUGUGCUCUUUUGUGUCUCACUGUUCUCCAUUUAGUAGAAAUCCUGGGCUUUGCAAUGAUGUGAAAUGUAAGAUUUUUGUGUAAUUGGCCAUAUAAGAUAGAAAAAAUAAAAUUCACAAAGUAACA